UUCGGAAGGUGUUGUUAUGGUAACUGUAGAACGCAAGCUAAAAGGCAGCCAGUUUAAAAAGCUAAUGACUUAGCCUAGCCUACUUUGUUUUUUUUUUGUAUAUUUGUAUCUACAUGAGCUAAAUGGAGGGAUCGCAUACAGCGGGAAAUACAUAUCUCAUAAGACCAAAUUAUCAACACAAGUUCAAGCCAGCUGUUGUGAAGGAGUGCAUACGAGACAUUCUGAAAGAACAACUAUCUGGUGUGGACUAUGAUCCCGAAGAGGUUCCACUUACUUCUCGAAAUUUGGCAGACCGUAUCAAGGACAAAUUAAAGAAGAUGGGCUUUGACCGAUACAAGCUUGUUGUGCAAGUGGUUAUUGGAGAGCAACGAGGAGAAGGAGUCAAAAUGGCUGCCAGGUGUUUCUGGGAUGCUGACACAGAUAACUGCGCUCAGGACAUUUUUAUGAAUGACAGCCUAUUCUGUGUGGCGGCUGCAUUUGGCAGCUAUUAUUACUGAGGACCUAAGAACAAAAUGACAUGACCUGAAGUUUGCUCUUUAAGCACUGCUCUGGGCUAUAUGUCUGACCACUGACACUGGUAAUGUGACUUAACUUUAAAUAAGGGUACAUUGACAGGGAUGUGGUUGUCUCAGACAUGCGGAACUUGCUCUUUUCUAGGACAUGGUGUAGGCCUAUUUUAAGAACUUGAGCAAUGUGUUUGUGUGUAUAGUGUAGGAUAUUUUCGUCUGGAGGAUUUUGGUCAAAACAGUCGGAGAUGGAAUCUCUCAAAAUCAAGAUCACUUGAUGGUUUAUUCACCAAUGUAUUAGUUAAUACAGGAAGACUUAAAAAGCAUAAAGACGUCUAAAACCUGGCACACGAUAUAGUCAGAAAUGAGGAAAUCCCCCUCCCUCCAUAAUCCUAUGUCCCAAUAUUGCCCCAUAAUCGUUCCCUAGUUUGUUCCCUUUGUUCCCCAUGAUGCGUCAUGUGUACGAGCUCCCUAUCUUUAAUGUCCGCUCGAUCCCAUCUCAAUGUCCCUUUCCUCCUCUUGAGGAGGAAACAGAAACUCCAAAUUUAUUAACCUCUUCCGUGCCAACAGAAUGUGUUGUUUCCAACUUGUGCAGUCUUUCUCGGAGAUGUUAACAUGCACAGGACACAAGUGGCAGAUGAUGCAACCCAGACCUCGGCCUUCUUCCCUACUAGGACCUCCCCGCAUAUUAGCCUAUAUGACCUAUAAUCAAUCAAUUUUUAGCCACAACAAUAGCUAUAGACUGUAGUGGGCAGGCCCAUCAUUGUCACAAGGAGAGCAAAGGCCUUGGGAGACUGCAGAGACAAGCAAAACUACUUGAAAGUUAGUCACAUUCAUUAUUCAUGUACACUCCAAUCCUACAUGUCGCUUUCAAUGUUCUCUGACGACUUCAAUUGUCCUCUCUUAAGUUUCCUGAUGGCAUUGCGACGAAAAAAAGAUGUUAAUAAAUGAUGAUAUAAAUAUAUUGAUUCUUUUAAUCAUUUAGAUCAUUUUACAUUCUGAAUAAAGGAUGUGUUGACGUCGAUGUCCGCAAGUCAAUUCACCUCUGCAAAUGCAUGAUUCUGCAUGUCUUUGAGGAGUUUUGUCUGACUGUCUGACACUUCAACUGGGGUACUUGAAUGAAACAAGAGGUUCUCAAACAUGAUAACCACUAUUAUGAAGGUCUAACACAUUCUAUGCAUUUUAACGCCACAAAAAUAUAGUUUUUUCUUAUUGUCUAUGGUAGACUGGAUUCAUUAUAACAUUGAGCAAUUCUCAGUAUGUAUAAUGGCAUCCUGCCAUCACUUAUGGUCAUCACAGGACUAAACGUUUAAAAGAGGAGCUCUCUUAAAAAGAUGCAGUUGCUCAUUUUGAUAAUUACUGACUGUGGAGUGAGAUUGGAUUUGGAUUUUUUCCUAAGGCGUCGCUUAAUGGCUUUCUCCCUCAAGCUGGGAUCCACUACCCGACACUGUGCUUUCCAAAAAGGAGUGCUUGAACCCAGCGAUUACUACAGUUGUGCCCCAUGGGGCACAGCCAAUUUGUAAGACUAAAUGCUGUCAGGAAAACAAAGAAAGACAGACAUGGUACAAUAGAAUUGGAACAUGGGACAGGCCAAGUAUUGAAGCCAAAUAUAGAAUAUGUAUUCCGUUUGUCACCGAUAUGUCUUCGGGUUUUGUCGAGCUGCAGAAACCUUUAUUCAUCUAUGGAGAUGACGGUGAAAUACUGCAAUUUUGAAUCAUUUGGACUGAAGUGCAUGAACGCUGGCUCUAAAACGCCUGUCUUCUUCGUGGUCCCUGGAGCGGUUUCUCUACUUGACUCUUUCUGUCAGCAUCUGUUUGCUCAGUGACCAUGUGUGUCUAAUAGAGACAGUAUUUUCAGCCACAUGUCCCCUACACUGGUGACAGGAUUUCUCUCCACAACCUAAUAUGGCAAAAUGUUCAAGCCUGUAAUUAUAGUUUUUGUCACAUGAUAAAAACACAUUAAAGGUUUAUCUCCAUGAUUAACAAAGAUAAUGAUGCACAGCCUGUCUUCAAGCUAAAGCAUUAGGCAUGCCUUCAUCCAUGUUAUUUGCUUCUCCAAGGGAUGUCAAGUAAUGUCAGUGUGAACUCCUUUCAAUUCUUCAGAGCUAUUUGUGUAGCAUCGUAAUUGCAGAUUGGCUACUAUCACUUAAUUUCUACAAUCACACCCAAAUGCAAUGGGGAAAGAACUCCCAAUGGGAUGAAGGUAAAUGAGGCGUGUGUUCUAAUCGGGAUGUCGGAUUAGCCUAAUUAGCUAAACCAUCCCUGACAUAAUUGUAUAAACUCUAGCGCUAUUAUGGUAAACAAAUAGAAAAAGUUUGAAAACUCAGAAACCAAAUACCCAUAAAGAGGAAUAGCAAUUGCAGCUGUCUAAAACUCCAUAAAUAGAAUGGGUCUCUCCCUUUCUCUCUUUAGAGAUUUAGAUAAGCACUUAUUUUUUGGUUGUUCACAAUGUGUGCUUGUU